GCUUGGCAAUCCAGGGCGCGGCGGCGGCGGCCAAGAGUCGGGUCGAUGAUCGCGGCCGUGAAAACCUCGGCGCCGGCUCUCUCUUUGCGUCUGAAGACGGGAAAAAUGUCAAUGGCAAUUAUUCUUCUGUCCGCGUGGCCGUCGAGCGCCGGGCUCCCGUCGGGGGAGCUGCCCUCGCAAAAAUCAAAAGCAUUGAGCAGAAACAGAGACAGGCAGAAACUCUGAUGUUCGAGCAGGCAAGCGAAGAAAUGCGCGUUCUCACGUCCGUCGCGUUGGAUCAGUUAUCGGAGCAACUCGCGCUCGGGAAAAUGGCCCACGACAUGAGCCCGCCGCGGAAUGCUUUUGUGGAAGAAGCUGUGCAGGCACCUGCAGAGACGGUCGAUGUUAAAGUCGCGGCGCCAGCGAGCCCGUUUCCCGCAGUGGCAGAUCUCGUGGAGGACAUGGAAAAGGAUUUAGACGAUAAGGAGGCG